AUGGUCCAUUUGAUAGCAAAGGCAGACCCAAUCAAAUAUGUCCUCUCCAGGCCAGUGAUUUCGGGUCGUAUAGCUCGAUGGGCAGUCUUGCUUCAGCAAUAUGACCUUGCAUAUGUUCCACAAAAAGCUGUCAAAGGACAAGUAUUGGCAGAUUUCUUAGCUGAUCACCCAGUUCCGUCUGAUUGGGAGUUCUCUGAUGAUUUCCCGGAUGAAGAUGUGUUUUACAUUGAAGUAAUGCCACCAUGGGUGAUAUUUUUUGAUGGGGCUGCACGUCAAGAAGGAGCGGGGGCAGGUGUAGUGUUUGUUUCUCCACAACGGCAAAUACUUCUUUACUCGUUCUCAUUAAGCGAACUCUGCUCUAACAACGUGGCCGAAUAUCAAGCAUUGAUCAUUGGUCUACAGAUGGCUAUUGAGAUGGGCAUAUCGCAACUUGAGAUCUUGGGAGACUCCAAAUUAGUUAUCAACCAAAUCUUGGAGCAAUAUGACGUCAAGAAAGAAGACCUCAUCCCCUAUUGCAAAUAUGCGAAGAAGUUGCUAGCAAAUUUUGAAGCCAUCACAUUGGAGCAUAUACCAAGGAAGGAGAAUAGAUAG